AACUGGUCACUGGAGGCUGCAGGUCUCAUCAGCUCAAGAGCACCGAGGUAAGAACGGCUCCCCGUCCCUGUGCCCUCACACGGGUUUGUCUUCUUCGGUCCCAGAGUCUCAGAAUGAAACUCGGGCUCCACCUCCUCCUCCUUUCUCUAGUCACAUCACCUGCAUCUGGGAAGAACAAGGAAGCCGUGGGCCUCCCGGAGAAUGGGGCAAAAUCCCCCUCAGCCGAAGGGAGGUGGGGGCAGCUGGACCCCACAAACCUAAGCAUGCCUCUCCUCCCAGCCGACUUCCACAAGGAAAACACAGUGACAAACGAUCUGAUGGUGGAAGAGGAGGGGGAGGACGACUACCUGGACCUGGAGAAGAUCUUCGGCGACGACGAUGACUACAUUGACAUCAUCGACGCCGUCUCCCCCACGGACCCGGAGGCCCCGCCCAGAAACAUCCUGGAGCUGUUCCAGGGGAAGAGUCGAAUCCAGCGCCUCAACAUUCUCAACGCCAAGUUCGCUUUCAACCUGUACAGGACCAUGAAGGAGGCCGCCGACCCCACCAGCAACAUCCUCCUGGCGCCCGUGGGCAUCUCGACGGCCAUGGGCAUGAUCUCCCUGGGCCUGAGGGGAGGCACGCACGAGCAGGUCCACUCUGCCUUGUACUUCAAGGACUUUGUGAAUGCCAGCAGCAAGUACGAGAGUCAGACCGUGCACAACCUCUUCCGGAAGCUGACCCAUCGCCUCUUCAGGAGGAAUUUUGGCUACACUCUGCGGUCAGUGAACGAUCUUUACAUUCAGAGGCAAAUUCCCAUCCUGGAGGACUUCCAAAACAAGAUGAGGGAGUAUUACUUCGCCGAGGCCCAGCCUGCUGAUUUCUCAGAGCCCGCUUUCGUCACCAAGGCCAACGACCGUAUCCUGAAGGUCACCAAGGGCCUCAUAAAGGAUGCCCUGGUGAAUAUAGACCCCGUGACACAGAUGAUGAUUCUGAACUGUAUUUACUUUAAAGGUACCUGGGUGAACAAAUUCCCAGUGGAAAUGACACAUAAUGCCAACUUCCGCCUGAAUGAGAGAGAGGUGGUCAAGGUCCCCAUGAUGCAAACCAAAGGCAAUUUCCUCGUGGCCAACGACCAGGAGCUGGACUGCGACGUGCUGCAGCUGCAGUACGUGGGGGACAUCAGCAUGCUGAUCGUGGUGCCGCACAAGCUGGCGGGCAUGCGGGCGCUUGAGGCCCAGCUCAGCCCGCGGGCAGUGGAGAGAUGGCAGAAGAGUAUGACCAACAGAACCCGUGAGGUGCGCCUGCCGAGGUUCAAGCUGGAGAAGAACUACAACCUCGUGGACGCCCUGAAGUCGAUGGGCAUCACGGAGCUGUUUGACCACAACGGGGACUUCUCAGGAAUAUCCGACCAGAAACUCGUCAUCGACUCGUUCAAGCACCAAGGCACCAUCACGGUGAACGAGGAGGGCACCCAGGCGGCCGCCGUGACCACCGUGGGCUUCAUGCCCCUCUCCACGCAGGUUCGAUUCAUCGUCGAUCGCCCCUUUCUGUUCCUUAUCUAUGAGCACCGCACCAGCUGUCUGCUCUUCAUGGGCCGGGUGUCCAACCCCAGCAAGUCAUAGAGGCACAGGCGGGGCUCCCAGAGGAUCCUGUGAUCAUUACCGUUUCCUUACAAUGGCGCCCGAGGGGAACCUGUGGGCAAUGCCGAGGGCCAGGGCUCACGAAAGCAACCACAGCUCAAGGGAAUUCUGUGGGAACCACUCUGUGUAGCACAUGGUCCCGAGUCUCGAGAAGCUGCACACGCCUGCGCGUGCAGUCAAUGAAUACAUUAAAAGUGUCCUUAAGGAGCCGACGAUCUGACGUCCUGUUUCUUUAGUGCUGCGGCCUCACACAGGCUGACUCCUAGGCUUCUGCCCCGUUCUGUGCCACCCUCACCCCUUGGGUUCCUUCGCUCUCGUGGCCUCCAGCCGUGCUGAGAGGGCUGGCGGCCUGUCCCCCACGACGCUGGCAUCUGUUACAAGGCCCCACUACAAAGCACUGUGCAUGGGCUGGGGCUGUCACUCCCUGCGACGCGGAGGACGAGAGGUUCCCACUCUAGGCGCCAAUAAACAUAAACCACUUUUAA